UACGUACUUUCCUAGAAAUAUCAAAGUAGCAAGUUAUAUAUUGAAGUUGAAGAGAUCAUACAAUGUCCUAGAAAUACUUUUGGAUGUGACAUAAGAAGAAAGGAAAAGUGGCUAACUAAGGAGAUAUUGUGAGGCAAAUUUUUAAAAGCAAGAAGAUUUGGCUGUUUACACAAAUCUAGGUGAGGUCACCUCAAAGCAAAUUUGGCAAGUACAAAUUGAGAUAGGAAAAUAGGUUUGCUCUUGGCUUGUUGCUUAGCAAUUUCUAAGGUCACUACUGGGGUUUGAUUCCAAAUAGAAAGACAAAAUGAAGAACAAUGCAGCAAUUAAGUACCUAAAGCAUGUCAUUUCAGUACUAACCACGAUGGCCAAAUCAAAAUCAACAGCCAUCAAAACCAAAACUGAAGCUCUAAAAACUAGGCUAGAAGUCCUAUCAUUGUUGAAAUCCAAGAAACUCUCUUUUUCAGGCCUAGGAACUAAGGCCAUUUCUCACAAAAUCCAUUCACUAUUAGGCCAUAAAGAAGAAGAUCAAGAAUCCCAAGAUCAUGAAAAUGAAAACAACAAGGCCAUUGUACUUUACAACAAUGCCCCUGAAGCGAGUAAAGAUUUUUUACACUGUCAAUAUAACGAUCAGAAUAAUCAGGAGAUACUACUAUUGAGCAACGGUGAAAACUAUGAGGAUUAUGAUGAUAAGUAUCCGGAUUUGACACAUUCGUUGUUCGAUGAAGAGGACGAAUACUUAGGUGAUCCAAAUGCAUCAGCUAUAGACAUGGUGAGGAGUUUCAAAGAGGAAGAAGGACAGAAUUUCGUACUAGAAGACGAGAUCGAUAAUAUGGCUGAUUUGUUUAUCAGGAAAUUUCAUAAAAAGAUGAGGUUGCAAAAGCUUGAAUCUUUCAAAAGGUAUCAAGCAAUGCUACAAAGAGGUGCUUAAAUUAUACUAGUAAUAAAGUUGUUCCAUUUGCAUCUGCAAUAUUGCAUGCAACAGUCUUUCAAAUAGCAAAAUGGAUCUCAGUUUUAUUUCAACUCCACUUUUAGCUAUCAAGCGUUUUCUUCAUUAUCUGUAGCUUCUUUUUUUUUUUUUUUUUUUUUCAUUUUUCCUUGAAUAAAUUUUAUGUCCUUUGUCCCUAAUAGCCACACACACGCACGUGCGGGCACACACCAAAAAAACAAAAACAAAGAAGCUUGUGUACUAAUUAGUUGGGAAAAAAUAAUUAUUCUACACUGGAAUAAUAAUGAUUUCCUAGUCA